GACAAGGUUUGUCUUCCAACGGUUGUUUCACUUGAUCGCAGAAUUGAGCCUCCUUGACUUUAUCAGGUAGAUUAUAGUGUAAAUAGAUGUGCGUAUUUUUAAAAAAUGACACAUUUUUACGCUUAGCAGUAUUGUAUAUUAGUGUAUAUUAGUGGAUAUUAGUGGAUAUCAGAAAAUAACAAUAGGUGGAACUAACAGGGGGCUGUAGUGGAUUCGUUAAUAAAGCAGUGGGAUAGAAGUUAUUCGUGGAUGCUUUGGAUAAAAAUCGUUCAGCAAUGUAGUGGAUAUCUGUGGUCCAGUCUAGGUUUCCAUGGGACAAAGUGACGAAGUGCACAAAUGGAAGAAGGAGGAUGAGAGAAUCAUGACGUCAUACAAAUGGGAAUAGGCUGGUUUUAUUUAUACAUUUUUUGUUUUGUUUAUCUAGACACCUUUGAAAGUUUUAAUGAGACAUUUAAACAAAUAAUUUAAUGCAUAUUUACUUUUUUAAAAAAAUAGAACUCAUUUUCCUUGAAAUCGUUUCUAGACGGAGAAAUGUCUUCUUAAUGAGAAGACGAUUCUCUGUUUUUGAAGUUUUCCCAGGAAAGCAAUCAUCCAGCGAUCACUACGUAACAUAUUUUAUUUCUACCAAGACAUAUCUUCAAAGAUAAUAUUAUCUCACCAGUCUGAACAAGAAUUAAAAAAAAAACACCUGAAGAUUCUGAAUACAUCGUGAUACAUCUGGUUUAAGAUACUUGAGAUACUUGUGAUAACGAUAUUGUGUUAGCUAAACCCUUACGCAGCCGGUGUCCUAUGUCACAUGAUGUCAGAGAGAUAUUACCUUGGAAACUUACUAGAACGGAGUAGCUGAACUUUGAUACUGUAUUCUGUGUAGCCGUUAUGAAAGCUUAACCCACAUUGUUUCGCCUCAAUAAAUUGUGUGUGUGUCUCAGUAAUCCACUUGAACGUUUUAUCGCAGUCCCAACACUCUGGAUCGCUGGAUUCAGUAAGAGAAUCAGGGUGGGGGGAUCGUUUCGGGAAGAUGGGUUUUCUUUAACGAUACCACCGCGACCAUUUGCAGCCGCUGGCUUAUGCGUGAACGGGGGCGUAGCUACGGUAAGAGCCAACCUGGGGUGGGGGGGGGGGCGAGUUGAUAAUUUUGCUGUUCCAUGCCACGGUAAAAACUCUGCAUGGAUGUGUCAUAAGUUUUAGUAUAAAAUAGAGGUUAUUAUCCUCCCUUGCUUUGCUUAUAUUUCAGACUUGUCAACGACUGCAGCCUGGGAGAUUGUUCAAUGACGUCAGCCUGGGAUAUUGUUCAAUGACGUUUGGCUUACUCGGAAGAAUUGGGACAAUCUGAAAGCUGCCCUAAUUCAUCAAAUCACCUGGGCCGUACACAUACAAAAAUAAUGUAAGGUUCUUGAAACGAAUUCUGACAAUUAUGAGAUCAAUUAUUUUUAUUUAGACAAUUUUUCCAAAUUUAUUUAUACUUGUCUAUCUAUUUCCCCAGUCACUCGUUUUUACUUAAAUGACAAAGACAUUUUUUUUUUUGAAAUAAGGAAAGGUCCUUUAUUUACCGUUUCCGUCAGUUGUAUUUGACUAAAAGAUUUCAUAAUGAAUUUACUUUUUUUGUUUUUUUGUUUUGUUUUGAAAGCAAACUAGAUCAUGAAGAUUGACGAAACAUGAAAACUAAGCAGGUUCAGGAAGAAAAAUGUGUAAUUUGUACAAAAUGAUCAAUAAAUUGAUCGUGGGCCCUUACUAUAUAGAAGAAGAAGAAACAUUUCGAGUAAAAGGAACAACAUUUCUUUGUCAACAUCCCCUAUAAAAUAAAUGCCAGGUACCCGAUUUGAAAUGUAUAAGUGAUGUAUACUGCAGAGAACAAGAGAUCAGAAGAAGGUUGUGGCAACAAAACCUCGGUGCUGGUAACUGAAACAAUAAUAAUGAUGGGAGACAACAGAUGUAUGUGAAUUUGAAAAUACGAUGAAAUAUUCGAUACAGCUGUUAUAAUUGCAUUGUGUUCUCAAGUUGACAAGAGAGGAACUAUGUAGAAUCAAAUGAUUUGAUCGCGCAGUCGUUUGGGGAGGUUGUCUUUCAAAACCACAUCCAAUGCUUCCUACAACUACGACGGUACUUCCUGUUGAAACAAAGGAUUGCCUGUGUCUAAUUCUAUUCCAGUUUUAAAGCAAUUUUGCAGCUUAUUGCAGCUUAUUUUAGUGUUUAAACAUUUGAGAAUGUCACCCUCCCCCCCCCCCCCCCCCCGGUCUUAUUCUCAGUAUUCGGAAAGACUGGUUUUCUGCAUGAAUUUAAAAAUAAAAAUAAAUUAAAAAAUUGAUACAGACACGAUUUAUAUAUGUAUUCAUAAUUUUGCAAGUUGAAACUAACAAACCAAGACAUUUUAAAUUAAAACACACACUGGCAAACUUUUUAAAUAGUUCAUUUUCAAAAAGACUUCAUUAUUUCACAGGGACGAGAGACAGAAUGACAGCCGGACGUCUUUGGUAAGAAAUACAGAGAGCCAUGACGAUAAGAGUGAACUCUAUAGCAACACUGUUUCAAAACAGAUCUUUAUAAAAAAUAAAAAUAAGUGAUCCACGCAGAAGAUUUGACUGCGAGAGAAUGAUUGAAUAGUUUUAGUGGUUUUUUUUUUUUUAAAUAUAAAUUUAAGAAUGAAAAGAAAUCAAUGUUUCAGUUGUUUUUUUUUAAAUUUAUGUUUCAACUUCAAAAUAACCAUCAAUGGUAAUAAGAUGAUUUGAUUACGUUUUAAGUAUUCAAAAUUUUCAAAUACUUUUUAAACAACCAUGACAAGAACAUUAAUGUGCCAUUGUACUGUCGAUUAUAGGAAUUGGCAAUGAUUUCAUAAAUUUGCUUUUAUUUCUUUUUAAAACUUCACGAGUUUCAUAACAAUUUUUUAUUUUAAAUUCAAGAUUGUUAAAAAGAAUUCUUUUGAUCAUUUAAUUUUUUUAAUAAAAAUAAUAUUUUUAUAAGCUUAUUACUUGGGGUUUAAACAAAUACAAAUCUAAUAAUUUUCACACUUGUGUACUUUUCAUCUGACAGGAAAGCUUCUUUUCACGAGAGACAAAGUGUGGACCAGAGGAGAUUGAGUGUUUCAUAAAAUUGUUGAGUGAAAAUUGGAGUCAACUUAAUGAUGUUUGCAAAACUGAACGUCUGAUGAUGUUAACAAAACUGUUGGCAAAAUACGGGCACAUGCUACCGAGCAUUGAACAUUCUUUCAAAAUAUUUAACAUUGCAGGUGAUAAGAUGUUUAUUUUGCUUACUGAUAGUGUUCGAACCUAGGUGGCUCACUGAAAGUGUUAGAAAGUAUCUCGCUGGCUUGCAGAUAGUGUUAGAAAGUAUCUAGGUGGCGCUUACCAAUGGGGUUACAAAGUAUAUAGGUGGCUUACUGAUGCUGUUAGAAAGUAUCUAGGUGGCUUACUGAUAGUGAUGAAAAGUAUUUAGGUGGCUUACUGAUGGUGUUAGAAGGUAUCUAGGUGGCUUGAUUCAAAGGUCAAAAUUGCCCCCCCCGCCCCCGCGCAACACUUUUGAAAACAAUCGUGUGACGAAAGACAGCAAUCUUCGCGGCGCAGCUAUGGGGACACAAGGUGUUCAGGGCUUUUGUGACCAAGAUAAUAAAUAUGAAUAUAUUUUCUUAGAAAUAUAGAUUCAGUGAAAGGUGUAAAUAUGCGAAUGAUGAUACAUCAUGGUGGAUCAUAUGUGGAUGAUUAUACAUCAUGGUGGAUCAUAUGCGGAUGAUUAUACAUCAUGGUGGAUCAUAUGCGGAUGAUUAUACAUCAUGGUGGAUCAUAUGCGGAUGAUUAUACAUCAUGGUGGAUCAUAUGCGGAUGAUGAUGCAUCAUGGUGGAUCAUAUGUGGAUGAUUAUAUAAGGGUGAUUAUAAAGAAGUUUGCUUUAAGAACAGAUCGCAGUAUUGUUAUUUAUUUUUAAAUGACACAAAUAAACUCAUUAAUUUUAUUUUCACAUGCUUCUACUGUGCUAAUCUCUUGCCUGUGUGUGUGUGUGUGGGGGGGUUAGAUUUAUUUCUCCCCUGAAAUAUCCAACAUACAUGAUCUAUCUGAUAUUUCAGACCUUGCUUGAUGCCCUUAUACACCCCCUACUCCGUGUCUGAAUACUUCCAUUAGAGGUAAAAUCUUAAUUUUGCGUCAUGCCUAAAGAAACAUGGUAUACAAAUUUGAUCCUUUUUUUUCUUCUCUCUCAGCCAUACUUAUGGAGAUUUUAAAGCAGUCGCCAGAGAUUGAAGACUCCAAAGAAGAGAGAAGCAGUUUUGUUAGGCUUCAAAGAACAGCUCUUCACAUCUGCGCUGCUGCCUCGGAAAUAAGUGCAGUAAUUUCAAAGGUUAGGAUUUUUUUGAUUUUUUUUUUUUGUUAAGGAAAAAAACAACUCAAUCUCAAAAUUAUACUUCUCAAAAUAGUUUUAUUUCUUAGUUUUCAUGUAGUGAGUUAAAUUACUUUUUUUUUUCUAUUCUAUAUGUUGAGGGUCCACGAUCAAUGCACUGGUCAUUCUAGUAUCACAUUUGAUAUUGUCUAAAGUUAGUUGUUUUUUUCCCCUUCCAGGAGCUCGCUAACAAUUACGCGAUCCAUUUUUUAACUUUAUUGAUGGGAAAGGAUGGAUCUUAUUGGGAGUUGGAAGAAAAGGUUGGUUUAUUAUUAUUAUUAUUUAUUAUUAUAUACAAAUAAAUAUUGUAAAGAAUUGAUUUUUUCCCUUUUAACUUUAAGAUCAACUUUGCGGUGGAAAAAAUAAUUCAUCUUUUAACUGAAUAAAAAAAAAAAUCUAAAUGAAAAUAAAUUGUACUAGCUUUUUAAUCCCUGCUAUGAACGUGGACAGGAAUUCCUUGAAGUUCAAAGAAACUGUGUUGAAGCUCUGAUCAACGUGUGCAGGAGGGAAUCAGAUGUGCAAGCCUUCAGGGAAAUACGUGUCAAAUGGGUAAUUUGUUUUCAUAUCUACAUCAAGCAAUUACAAAGGGGUUAAAAAUAAUGAAAAGAGGGUGACGAAGUAUUAAACAAAUUAAGAGAAGAGAAGUGCUUAACUAAUGAAGAGAAGUGCUUAACUAAUGAAGAGAAGUGCUUAACUAAUGAAGAGAAGUGCUUAGCUAAUGAAGAGAAGUGCUUAGCUAAUGAAGAGAAGUGCUUAGCUAAUGAAGAGAAGUGCUUAACUAAUGAAGAGAAGUGCUUAGCUAAUGAAGAGACGUGCUUAGCUAAUGAAGAGAAGUGCUUAGCUAAUGAAGAGAAGUGCUUAGCUAAUGAAGAGAAGUGCUUAGCUAAUGAAGAGAAGUGCUUAGCUAAUGAAGAGAAGUGCUUAACUAAUGAAGAGAAGUGCUUAGCUAAUGAAGAGAAGUGCUUAACUAAUGAAGAGAAGUGCUUAGCUAAUGAAGAGAAGUGCUUAGCUAAUGAAGAGAAGUGCUUAACUAAUGAAGAGAAGUGCUUAGCUAAUGAAGAGAAGUGCUUAACUAAUGAAGAGAAGUGCUUAGCUAAUGAAGAGAAGUGCUUAACUAAUGAAGAGAAGUGCUUAACUAAUGAAGAGAAGUGCUUAACUAAUGAAGAGAAGUGCUUAACUAAUGAAGAGGAGUGCUUAACUAAUGAAGAGAAGUGCUUAACUAAUGAAGAGGAGUGCUUAACUAAUGAAGAGAAGUGCUUAAAUAAUGAAGAGGAGUGCUUAACUAAUGAAGAGAAGUGCUUAACUAAUGAAGAGAAGUGCCCAAAAAAUGAAGAGAAAGAAGUACUAAGCAAAUGAAGAGAAGAGAAGUGCUAAAAAUGAAGAUAAAUGCAAAACAAAUGAAGAAAAGAGAAGUGCUUAACUAAUGAAGAGAAGUGCCCAAAAAAUGAAGAGAAAGAAGUACUAAGCAAAUGAAGAGAAGAGAAAUGUUAAAAAAUGAAGAUAAAUGCAAAACAAAUGAAGAAAAGAGAAGUGCUAAACAAAUGAAGAGAAGUGCUAAACAAAUGAAGAGAAGUGCUAAACAAAUGAAGAUAAGUCCUAAACAAAUGAAGAGAAAUGCUAAACGAAUGAAGAGAAAUGCUAAAAAAAUGAAGAGAAGUGUUUAACAUUGAUACAUGUCAGAUUAAUGAUUAUUAAUGACCUAAAUUAUUUAUUUUGCUUAACUUAGGGGUUUUAAUGUUAAAAAUUAAAACUAUAGAACUAAUCAUUUAGUUUUAAUGUUGAAAAAUUAAAAUUAUAGAACUAAUUCUGUGGUUUUAAUGUUGAAAAUUAAAACCAUAGAACAAGUCUGGAAUUUAAAUGUUGAAAUUUAACACUAUAGAACUAAUUCAUAAGAACAACAUGCAGUGUCAUCUAAUUUAAUCAUAUCUGGAAUUUCAAUCUUUCUAAAACUUCUUUCAUAAACUCGCUACUUAGAAAUGAAAUGUUUAAAGAUUACUGCUGACGUCAUUUCCCGUCUUUAAACUGCGACCCAGAUUUUUCAGAAGUAUCUCGACACCAAAGACAACAUUACGAGAAUCGCAGUGGCGUCCACUCUGAUCAAGGUGUACGCCCCUGAAUGCAGUUACAGAGAAGGUGAUUAACGUAACGAACUAGAAUGUAAAUAUAAAGAUACAAUUUGAGAUACAAUCUGGUCAGUAAGUGUAUUAGCUCUUAUAUAAAUAUAUAUCGAUAUAAUUUGAGAUACAAUCUGACGAGAAAGUGUAUUGACUUUUAUAUAAAUAUAUCUAUAUAAUUUGAGAUGCAAUCUGGUCAGUAAGUAUAUUAACUCUUAUAUAGAUAUUUAUUUAUAUAAGAUUUAAUAUACUUACUAGCCAAGGUGUAUCUCAAAUUUAUGUAUCGAACAAAAUUUAGGGUAAAAUAGAGAAAUAUUUAAAAUGUUAUUUAAUUUCUAUAAAAUAAGCAACGGAAAUGAAUAAUACUUUUAAAAGAUAUCAUCUAUACAUCAUCUCAAGGAAGAAACUUUAAAAGAAUUGUGGGAUACAUAUAAUGAGAUCCAAAAUCAGUGCUGACAUCUACUGGACAUUCCAUUUUGCACGUGACAUCUAAUGAACAUUCCACUUUGUACGCGACAUCUACUGGACAUUCCACAUUCAGGUGCACAAAUUACUAUUCAACAAACAUUAAUUUCUUUCAUCGGUAUAUAUUCUAAUAAAUUAUCAUAAGAUACAAACAACAACAUGCACCAUAACACAUUAACAGAAUCAAAUGCAAAUGAAAUGACCAGCUGUUGUGUCGUGCAAAAACCCGUAUAAUAUCAUGACGGAUGCUAUAUGGGUUGGUUUUUUUUGGUUUUAAUUGAAGACGACCCUAUUUAUCAGGCAGCUCUAUUGCAUUUACACGGAGCCGAUGUCAAGAAAGGAUCAAUGGAACUUUUGGUAAGAGGAUAUUAAAUACGUUAUUGUUCAUGAGCGAAAUCUUUUAACUGGAUGAAUUUGAGUUUAUGCACCACAAUAUUUGUUCAACGUUUUUUGCCUGACUUUUCACUGAAUCCCUUUUCAUAAAUUUCCAGCAACUGUUAGAGAAGCUAUAAAACAGACUAUCUGAACGAAAUUCUUAAGAAAAUAAUUCAGCUAUUGAAAACAAAAUAAUUAUAAUCAACUAUAGAUUAAGCCAAAAUAGCUUUCAAGAUGUCCAUGAACAAAAUUGGAUACAGGCAACUGCAAAAUUUGACAAGCGCAAGUAUGGACCAAGUGCAUGGUCCUUUUUAAGAAACCUCAGUGGUAUUCCAAAGGCAUUUCUCUUCUAAGUAACAUCUGGAGUGGACCUAGUUCAUGGUCCCUUCUAAGUAACCUCUGGCGUGGACCUAGUUCAUGGUCCCUUCUAAGUAACCUCGGGGGUGGACCUAGUGCAUAGUUCCUUCUAAGUAACCUCUGGAGUGGACCUAGUUCAUGGUCCCUUCUAAGUAACCUCUGGGGUGGACCUAGUUCAUGGUACCUUCUGAGUAACCUCCGGGGUGGACCUGGUUCAUGG